AUGGGAGUCACAUUUUAUGUCAAUUCGAAUGGCCAAUGCUCAAAGACCAAAGUCACUGGGUAUAAGCAAGCAGAUGGCACCUACAAAACCCAAUUUGAAGGUGACAACAAAUUUCAACUUAUGUAUUUAACACCAAAGAAUGCAGUCUUUGAGAGUACGAAUGUGGAUAGAACCGGCAGAGUAACAAACUUGGUUUUUGUUCUUGGAAAAGGUGAGCCUUUGACUGAAGAAGAAGAUAGAAAAUUUGAGGAAUAUGUUGAGAAACAAAACAUUCCACCAGAAAACAUUCAAGAUGUUCAGGCUACAGAUACUUGUCCAAAGUAA